UGGAACUUCUAUCACAUGUGCGUAUUUCCAUACGCCUUGGACAAGUUAAAGUUGAAUUCUGCAAUAGUCAACGGGAAUGGCCAUAAUUUCAAUGGGGGAGGUCCCUUCUAUUGGGAUGGUACGGGUCUCAAGGGUCUCAAUUCCAGUAUACAAAAGCCAGAUCCUAUGAUGAGGUUUGCUCUGUGUUGCUUUUCUUCCCGCCAAGUUCUCAUUGUCUUCUGGCAGGAUCAGAAUGUCAGGAACUUUUCAGAAUGUGACAGUGGUCAACUCGCCCGCGCGGGUUUUCUCUGUGUCGAAUCCCGCACCCUUGUUGAUGACAAACUCAAGGAGACUACCCCAAUAACAGGAGCUAUGGGACUGCCGCUGGCCACAACACCGAUGGAUUCGACGUGA